AUGGCUACGAAUGACAGCGCCGUCAACGGCGUAGACUCCAGGCCGAGCAACAUCAACGUUGCUAAAGCCAACGGAUAUCACACGGGCGGUGUUAAUGGGUCAUCGUCCAGGCUCAACAGUUUCUCACCUGCUUCAGGGUCACGACCAUCAUCCUCAUCCGCUCGCUCAUACAGAGAGGACCCCCCAAACAACGGCAUUAGAUAUAGCAAGUCUCACCGCAUUCCCACCUUUGGCAUUCAUGAGGACGACAAUGCCCCUAGGUCACGGGGCUACGCCAACAUUCGCACAUAUAACGAUGAAGCCCGCAGGCAAUAUCCACGGAUAUCAAAACCCGUGGAACUCAUGCGCAACAGCUACGAUUGCGUCGUCAUCGGUUCAGGUUACGGCGGCGCGGUGGCAGCUUCACGCAUAGCACGGACAAAAGAUGCCAACGGCAAACGCCAGUCUGUCUGUGUACUUGAACGUGGCCAGGAGAAGUGGCCUGGCGAAUACCCCAGUGGUGUUCUCGAUGCCUUCGAUCAAGUCCAUGUUUCUGGCGAAUUUGCUCCUGGUUGGCUUCCUAGCACUACUAUUGAAAGGGGUGACCCGACUGGCAUGUACCACUUGAUAUUUGGAAAGGGCUUGAACGCAAUUGUCGGCAAUGGCCUCGGCGGAACCAGCUUAAUGAACGCCAAUGUCUUCCUCGAAGCAGACAAAGGUACUCUGUCUAUGCCUAUCUGGCCCAAGGCAAUCAGGGAAAACCCCGGUUGUCUGGAUAAAUAUUAUCAAAUGGCUCGGGACGUUCUUGAGCCGACCGAGUACCCAGACGACUGGCCAGAGCUUCCCAAGGUCAAUGUCCUGAAGAAGCAAGCCGCCGCGUUGGGUCUUUCGAGCAAGUUCAGAAUGGUGCCUCAAACAACUAGAUUCAGGAAUGGCCCCAACAGCACCGGCGUGGAGAUGUGUCCGUCGGCCCUGACCGGCCAAGACUGUACUGGUGUCAACGACGGCUCCAAAACCACCACUCUCGUGACCUACCUUGCAGACGCUUGGAAUUGGGGUGCUGAGAUGUUCUGUGAAUGCGAAGUUCGAUACAUCAAGAAGGCUGAUGAGAGUAUGGGAGGAGGUUAUCUCAUAUUCUUUGCUUGGCACGGUCGCAAUAGAGGCCACUUCAGGGCGAACCUCCACGGGGACUUGAUGUGGGUUCACGCCAAAGAGUGCGUGUUCCUCGGCGCUGGCUCUAUUGGCACCACCGAAAUCCUUCUGAGGAGUAAGGAGAUGGGUUUGUCGAUGAGUCCCCGCAUCGGCGAAAACAUGAGCGGCAACGGCGACAUGCUCGGCUUUGGCUAUAACAUGGAUGAAGAGGUAAAUUCAAUUGGAAAACCCUUUCCAAGCCCGUACAACCCAAUCGGCCCUACAAUCAACUCUGUUAUCGACGACCGCGAGGGACACGAAAACCCCCUUGACGGAUAUGUCAUCCAAGAGGGCGCUAUCCCUCGUUCUCUGACCCCAUUUCUCCAGACACUACUGGAGAUGAUGCCUGGUAGCGUCGAGUGCACUGGAGGUUCAAUGGACAACACGCAGGUCUAUCUAGUCAUGUCUCAUGACAGCAGUCAAGCAAUGCUCACGCUCAAGGACGACAAGCCAGUCCUUGAGUUCCUCGGCGUCGGGCGCAGUGAUCACGUCCGCAAGCUCAAUGACUUGCUGGCUAAGGCCACCCAGGCCAUGGGCGGCACAUUUGUGAACAACCCUUUCCACGCCUUGAUGGGAGGUCAGCAGGUCACUGUUCACCCCAUUGGUGGAGCGUGUAUGGCUCGCGAUGACACUGGAGCCACUGGCGUUACCAACAACGUCGGCGAGGUGUUCACCGGAGAUGAGGAGGACACCCAUCCCGGCCUGAUUGUGACAGACGCCGCCGUCAUUCCCGGCGCCAUUGGCGUCAACCCUUUUGCCACCAUCACAGCCCUCGCUGAACGUGCUGUCGAUGCGUAUAUUCACAGGGAAAAUCUCAUGAUCCACCCAAACAAAAACGGCAUUCUGGAUCUCUUUGGCGAACCAAAACACGCGCCCAAGGAGGAGCGUGACACGGAAGAACUCAAGAAUGAGUCCGAAAAGAUUCACCAAGCUAAAUCCCUCAUCCAUCAUGCCAACAGGGCGAAGGCGGGCGGCUUCGGUUUUACAGAAGUCAUGUCUGGAUUCGUCCACCGUGACGACGGAUUAGUCACCGACAAGCGAGCCACCUACGAACUGGCUUACCGGACGGCAAAGAGCCUUUGCGAGAGUGCUAGGUUUUUCCUGAGUGUCCAGGCUUUCAACACCAAGUCCAUGAUCAAGGAGCCCGAUCACUCAGCCAUGCUUACGGGCACGUUCGUAUGCCCUUCCAUCCGCGGAUCUCCCUUUAUGGUCCAGCGGGGUGAUUUCAACCUCUUCAUUCUCGAUCAGAAGGCACCGGGAACCCGCAACAUGACUUACGACUUUGACCUGCGCGGUGUCAAUGGAGAGAAGUACCAUUUCCAUGGAUACAAGGUCGUUGACUCUUCGGUGGCCCUGGCCCCCUUCCAGUUCUGGAGGGCUACCAGCACACUCUACGUCACCAUCUCCAAGUCGGAUCCGGUUUUGGAGGCCGUCGAUGACUGUGAUGAACCAUGGCGUCUUGGGAAGGUCAUUGCCAAGGGCAUCAUGCACAUCCAGCCCGCCGACUUCGUCUCUCAGCUCAUGACCAUGACUCCCACCGGCAGCAGUCUUGUCAAAAAAGUCUAUAGUGCGGCAAGCUUCCUCACAUACUUCACUCGCAGGUCUCUAUCUCUCUUCCUGGCGCCCUUCACUCCUCUGCAGUAUCCUAGCGUUAACUACAACGGCUACGUCAACGAUACCCCUCCAACGGCUUCGUUCGUCAUUGUUGCCAGAGACGGCGUCAAGACACGCAUGCACAUGUGGGAGCCGACCAACCCCAACAUCGAGACCAAGAACCUCUUCUUGAUCCCAGGUGCGGCUGUUGACCACCAGAUUUACGCUCUUCCGACCAUCAAGUACAACGCAGUCAACUACUUUACCCGCGCCGGCUACCGCGUUUUCAUCAGCGUUCACCGUAUCGGCCAGCUGAUGGUCGCCCAGAACAACUGGACAACAUACGAUGCCCGGCUGGACCUUCAAGCAUGCAUCGAGCAUAUCCGCGAGAACUACUCCGAGGACAACUCCAGAGACAACAAGAUCUACGCCAUCGCGCACUGCAUGGGCAGUGUCGCCUUCUCCUGCGGCCUCCUCGACGGCACCAUCCCGGGAAACUGGAUCCAAGGCAUCACCUGCAGCCAGGUCUUCAUGAACCCCAUCUGGAGCACCCUCAACAUGGCCAAGGUCAUGGCUGGCCCGAUUCCACUCGACAAGAUGUACAAGAUGAUUCUCGGAAACUGGUUCUCCUGCAGCACCGCAAAGGACGACAGCAUCCUUCAGCGUGCCCUCAACGAGGUCCUCCGCCUCUACCCGGAGGAGCGCAAGGAGAUCUGCAACAACGCCUCCUGCCACCGCUGCACCCUCGUCUUCGGCCGCUGCUGGAACCACGCAAACCUCAACGAGGCCACGCACCGGCAGAUCGACCGCUUCUUCGGCGGCGUCAACAUGACGCAGCUGCAGCUCCUCAUGAGGCAGGGCUUCGAGGGCCAUGUCAUGACCAACGGGCCUCUCUUCCAGCCCCUCACGACGCCGCAGAACAUCCGCAGGCUGAGGGGCAUCCCGAUUAUGCUCUUCGUCGGCCGGGACAAUGCGGUGCUGACGCCGGAGGCGACGGAGAGAACGUACGAGAUCCUCUGCGACACGUUCGGUUCUCGCGGCGGAGAGCGCGACGGGGGCGUCUCGGGCGGUCUUCAGUACCGUCGCAGAGUCGUACCCGGUUACGGGCAUCUGGACUGUUGGAUGGGCCGCAACGCGUGGAAGGAUGUGUAUCCCUUCGUCCGCGAGGAGGUGGACCGCGUGGUGCGCGGGGAGGAUUACCAGUUCCUGGACCCCGAUGACAAGUUCUCCAGGAUGGUGGACAGCGGCGAGUUGCUUUACUAG